AGUGGCCAAAGUCCUCUCUGCCUCUCACACAGACGCAGUCAGUACUCUCAGAGUCUGUUUAAAUGUGGACGUCUUCCUCUCAGACUAACCUGUGCAGUGACUUUCUCUGUCUACCAGGCCACCAUGCUUCCCCGUACCCUAUCCUUCCUCCUGCUCUUCAUCUGCCUCUCCUCUGGGAUGUCUGCUUCUCUGGUCAGGAGGAGAACCCGUGGAGAGGACGGCCCUCCUGCAGUUCCGACCACGGUCAGGGUUGACACCUCUGCUGUUGUAGGUGUUCCGUCGGAGGUUGAUACCGUGCCGGCAGGUGGCCCGGUCGUCGAUGAUACUCCUUCAGCUGAGGCUGUGGCAGAGGCCCUGGUGACACAUGAGCCUGUUGCAGAUGUCGCUGUAGCUGACGAGGUUGUAGUCGAGGAGCCGGUUGAGGACAUCCCAGUUGCUGAACGAGAUGCCCCGUUAGACGCCCUUAUCAUGACAAAAGAAGAAAAAGCAGCCCUGAUAACAGAAGCAACGAUUAAAGAGUUGUCUGCCCAGGUGGAGAAGGAAGACCUCGCUGAAGAGACAGAGAUUCAAGACGCCAUCUUGAAAGAGUUGGCUGACCAGGAGACCCUUGGGAAGGCAGUGGAGGAGCCCAUUGAAGAGGCAGCGGAGGGAGAUGCUCCAGCGGAGGAUCCAGCCAGCUCUGUGAUACCUGUCUUCGAAGCCCAGGAAGAGGACUCUGGAUGGGGUUUGGCUUCCGUCAGAGAGAGCCUCCAGGCAGCCAACGGAUACUUUGACUCUCUUGUGGAACUGAUGGGGGGACGCAAUGGAGUGUGUCAGUACAAGUGUAAAUACGGUAAAACACCUGUGCAUCGCUAUGGAUACGUGACCCCAGAGCCCAACGGUUGCAGCUCCAACCUCCUCGGAUUCCAGUUUGACAUUGGCAUCCCGGCCAUGACUCAGUGCUGUAACCAGCUGGACAGUUGUUACGACACCUGUGGCUCCAACAAAUACCGCUGUGACUCCAAGUACCGCUGUGUCUCCACGCUAUCUGCUCUGACCUGA